CAACGUUCUACAUGUGUGCAUAGUUUCAAAAAAAUCGGCGUGCAACAUUUGGGCAGUGUUACUUGUAGGUACAACCCGGGCCCUUUUAACCGUUGUUACGUCGAUGGGUCCCCUAAAAACAUAGCGGCGAAUCGGAAACCAAUAAAUCAAAGGUGCCGACAGAGUGUCUAUUGUCCCCCAUACCCCCAUACUGUUUAUACUGUGGACAUGCUGAGCGCAGCGUGCAGCGUGCGCUCGCCGCUCACGGCUCAGUUCUCAGUUCUCACUGUUCUCAGUAGUCAGUGCGCUGUCGUGCUUAUACGCCUGCACUCUUGCACACGCUUUGGUUAGCGGGGUAUCGCGUUUGUCACCUGUCGGUUUUUCAUUUCAGUGAUUGUAUGUACAUAAUAUAAGAGAGAAGACUGACAAUUAGUGACAAUGUCGGAAGCACCGGCAAUUGGCAUUGACCUGGGCACCACGUACUCGUGCGUGGGUGUCUUCCAGCACGGGAAGGUCGAGAUCAUCGCCAACGACUGGGGCAACCGGACCACGCCGAGCUAUGUGGCAUUCACCGACACCGAGAGGCUGAUCGGCGACGCGGCGAAGAAUCAGGUCGCCAUGAACCCCAGCAACACCAUCUUCGAUGCGAAGCGUCUGAUCGGUCGUCGUUUCAACGAUGCGACGGUGCAGAGCGACAUGAAGCACUGGCCGUUCACGGUGGUCAGCGAUGGUGGCGAACCAAAGAUCAAGGUAUCCUACAAGGGUGAGAUGAAGACCUUCUUCCCCGAGGAGGUGUCCUCCAUGGUUCUGACAAAGAUGAAGGAGACCGCGGAGGCGUACCUGGGCAAAACAAUAACAAACGCCGUCAUUACUGUGCCAGCUUAUUUCAAUGACUCUCAGAGGCAGGCGACAAGGGACGCCAGCGCUAUGGCUGGCCUGCACAUCCUCAGGAUAGUAAACGAGCCUACGGCCGCCGCGAUAGCCUACGAUCUCGAUAAGAAGGCUGCGGGCGAGAAGAACGUCCUGAUCUUCGACUUGGGCGGUGGUACCUUCGACGUGUCGAUUCUGACGAUCGAAGAUGGCAUCUUCGAGGUGAAAUCCACCGUCGGCGACACGCAUCUCGGCGGCGAAGACUUCGACAAUCGAAUGGUGGACUACUUUGUGCAAAAUUUCAAGAAGAAGUAUAAGAAGGACGUGAGCCGCAACAAGAGGGCCCUGAGACGCUUGAGGAUUGCCUGCGAGAGGGCAAAGAGAACGUUGAGCUCGUCAACGCAGGCGAGCAUUGAGAUCGACUCGUUGUUCGAGGGUAUCGACUUCUACACGUCCAUUACUAGGGGUAGGUUCGAAGAACUCUGCGCAGAUAUGUUCAGAAGCACCCUCCAACCUGUAGAGAAGGCGCUCUGGGACGCGGAGAUGGACAAGGCUCAAGUUGACAGCAUUGUUCUAGUCGGUGGCUCUACUAGGAUACCAAAGAUUCAGAAGCUACUUCAAGAUUUCUUCAACGGCAAGGAACUGAACAAGUCUAUCAAUCCGGACGAGGCCGUUGCCUAUGGCGCGGCAGUUCAGGCGGCAAUUCUGCACUCCCGGUUGAUUGUCCAGGAAUUGUAUGGGGAGAUUCACGAGGAGGUCCGAGAUCUGCUUUGGCUGGACGUGACUCCGUUGUCGUUGGGUAUCGAGACCGUCGGUGGCGUCAUGACUGCCUUGAUCAAGAGGAACACAACAAUACCAACGAAACGGACCCGGACGUUCACCACGGACUCCGACAAUCAACCGGGAGUGCUUAUCCAGGUCUACGAAGGAGAGAGAGUGAUGACGAAGGAUAACAACAUUCUCGGCAAAUUCGAGCUGACGGGUAUACCUCCGGCGCCUAGGGGUGUACCGCAAAUCGAAGUCACCUUCGAUAUCUACAUUAAUGGCAUGUUAAGUGUCUGUGCGAUCGAAAAAUCUACGGGCAAAGAAAAUGAGAUCACGAUUACCAACGACAUGAGUCGUUUGUCGAAAGAGGACCUAGAAAGCGUAAUAUAUAGGGAAGACCGCUCGUUGGCACUGGCUUGUUACACAUCUUCGCCUAGAGGCUAGAUCACUGUAUGCGAACGCGUUCUCUCCGGGGUGUGCGUCGUAGCCAUCCUUCUCGUAGGGAACGAUCCGCUCGUCAAUGUAAUCCGGACGAUAUUGGUAUAUUAAUAAUGCACGAAGUUUUGUAUGAUGGAAAUCUCUAGUGUUGACUUGUCGACCUUCUUUCAAUCUUCUUCAGCAAUUUAUUUUAAGCUAAGGAGAAAUAAUCACACGUCUACCAUGUGUGUGCUUAUAUCGAAAAAAAACGAGCUUUAUUUGGCCCAACGACUAUAUUACAAUCUUAUGAUACAGUAAACAUUUAAAACCGGGAUAAAACGAUAACGUUGUACAUCGAUUUUUAUAAAUCAGGCGGCAAGUCGAGUAUUGAGUAUCAUCAGAGAAAUGCAGGCUGUGUUACGCGAUAUAAGUUCAUAUCUUUUCUUCGUCCUUUGC